AUGUCUGACGAAGUGAAGAAAGAUCCUGUUGAACAGAUUUCUGAGGGUGUUGAACAAGUUAUCUUAGGAGAAGAUGGCCAACCAUUAUCUAAGAAAGCCUUGAAGAAGUUGCAGAAGGAGCAAGAGAAGCAAAGAAAGAAAGAGGAAAGAGAGCGUCAAUUGGCUGCUGAGAAAGAGGCUCGUGAAAAGGAAGCUGCUGCUAAUGAUACUGCUAAAGAGAAUUACGGUAAGGCUCCAUUGAUUCAAUCCACUACGAAAUCCGGCGUUGAAAGAAUUCUUUUCGAAGAUUUAGAUGAGUCUAAAGACGAUGGCAGAGAAGUUGUUUUCAGAGCCAGAGUGCAUAACUCUAGACAACAAGGUGCCACUCUUGCGUUCUUGACUUUGAGACAACAAGCUGAAUUAAUCCAAGGUUUGGUUAAGGCUAACAAAGAAGGGACUGUUUCUAAGCAAAUGGUUAAAUGGGUUGGUUCUAUCAACUUGGAAUCCAUUGUUGUCGUUCAUGGUAUCGUGAAGAAGGUGGAAGAACCAAUUAAGUCUGCUACAGUUCAAAACUUGGAAGUCCAUAUCACUAAGAUUUACACCAUCUCUGAGACUCCAGAACAAUUACCAAUCUUGAUCGAAGAUGCUUCUCGUUCAGAAGCAGAGGCGGAAGCGGCAGGCUUGCCUGUUGUCAACUUGGACACCAGAUUGGAUUCCAGAGUCAUUGAUUUGAGAACUGUCACCAACCAAGCCAUUUUCAGAAUUCAGUCUGGCGUUUGUGCUUUGUUCAGAGAAUUUUUGACAAACAAGAAAUUCACCGAAGUUCACACUCCAAAGCUAUUGGGUGCUCCAUCUGAAGGUGGUUCUAACGUUUUCGAAGUCACCUAUUUCAAGGGUAAGUCGUACUUGGCACAAUCUCCACAGUUGUACAAACAACAAUUGAUCGCUGCCGAUUUCGAAAGAGUGUUUGAAGUAGCACCAGUGUUCAGAGCCGAAAACUCCAACACCCAUCGUCAUAUGACUGAAUUCACAGGUCUUGACCUUGAAAUGGCAUUUGAAGAACAUUAUGACGAAGUUGUCGACACGUUAGCCGAAUUGUUCGUGUUCAUCUUCUCUCAAUUGAAAACUAGAUACGCCAAGGAAAUCGCCCUUGUUCGUAAGCAAUAUCCAGUGGAAGAAUUCAAGCUACCAAAGGACGGUAAGAUGGUCCGUAUUCCAUUCAAGGAAGGUAUUGCUUUGUUGAGAGAAGCCGGUAAAGACGUCGAUGACUUUGAAGAUUUGUCCACCGAAAAUGAAAAGCUAUUGGGUAAGUUGGUCAGAGACAAAUACGAAACCGAUUUCUACAUUUUGGACAAGUUCCCAUUGGCUAUCCGUCCAUUCUACACCAUGCCUGAUGCCGAAGACCCUCGUUAUUCCAACUCUUAUGAUUUCUUCAUGAGAGGUGAAGAAAUCUUGUCUGGUGCUCAACGUAUCCACGAUGCGGACUUGCUAAAAGAGAGAAUGAACGCUCACGAAGUUCACCCAGAAGAUCCAGGUCUAAAGGACUACUGCGAGGCCUUCACAUACGGAUGUCCUCCUCACGCUGGUGGUGGUAUCGGUCUAGAAAGAGUUGUCAUGUUUUAUUUGGACUUGAAGAACAUCAGAAGAGCUUCAUUGUUCCCAAGAGAUCCAAAGAGAUUAAGACCAUGA